AUGGAAUUAAGCUUUGAGUGUCCGAUUUGCUUACUCCCCCCCCCCCCCCUCCGUGAGCGAACAAAAAAAUUUUGUUCACUCACGGAGGGGGGUUAAUUUUUUUUUUUAAAAAAAAUUUAUAUAUAAAUUUUUUAAAAAAUAUUUUUUUCGAAAUUUAAAAAAAUCCUAAUUUGCAAAAAUUGGGAAAGCAAAUAUUAAUUUAAUUUGCAAAAUUUUUGUUUAAAAACGCAAUUUGUUUAAAAUUAAACAGAAUUAGCUCUAGAUUUCAUUAUACUAAUUAUCACUUAUAUAUCAAAAUUUUUUUCCAUUAAAAUUUUUUCUAUUAAAAAAAUUUUUGUUCGCUCACGGAGGGUGGGUUUUUGGUCAAAAAAUGGUGAUUUUUCUAAUGGUUUUGUUCGCUCACGGAGGGGGGGGGGGGAGUUAGAAGAAUACAAUUCUGAGUGUAAGCCACUUAUUAUGCCAUGUGGGCAUAAUGCAUGCAUCGAAUGCCUUACAGGGCUAGCCAGAUCAGGCUCAAUAGCAUGCCCUACUUGUCGAACCACUCAUAAUAACGUCAAUGUCAACACAUUAACAGUGAAUUAUGCACUCAUCCCUUCAAGCCCAGGAAAAUCCAAAGGCAGUUCCACAAAGCAAUACAUCUUAGAUCACAUGGAAACAAUCCAGCAACAGCUUAGCACACUUCAAAAAGCAGACUCCACACUUAGAAAUGAUUAUGAUGCCGCUCAAGGUUACAAUAGACGCUGCCGAGAUGACUCAAAUGAUAAAAUUGACUUAUUAAUCACUACCUUGCAAAAUCUAAAGAAAAAAUUCAACACUUUGAUUGAAGAAAGUGAGAGGGUUAACGAGCAAAAUUUAACUCAAAGAAUUAAUGCCAUACAAAUCAAACUUGAGGAAAGAAAUGCAUUGAUGACAGAUUUACAAGGAGCUUAUAGUGAUGGAAGUGAGCUUAGUGCGCAGUCAAAAAUAAAUUUAAGAAACCUUCAUGAUGUGCCAAACCUAGAAACGCAGUUUACAUAUUACAAAUACUCUGAACAUCCAGACCCAACUUUUUCACAACUUUUAUACAGUUUAAGAUUAUUUAAAUCAAAAAAAAAUAUUAUGAUUUCUGAAUUUAUUUAAGCUAAAAAAGUAUAAAUAAUACAGGAGGAUCAAUUGCUGCAGAAAAAAUCAUUUCAUUAGAAGAAACUAAGCCACCACAGCCGGUAGUCCAGCCAGUCCCUGAGAAUAAGCCAGUAGUCCAGCCAGUCCCUGAGAAUAAAGUUGCACCAAAAGGAAGGGUAGUUGCGCCUAAAAAAUUUGCCCAAGCUAAAGAAGAAGAAAAAGCUGCGAACCCUAUUCAGCCCAGACAGAAAUUUGCUGAGAAGCCAGGGUUAACAGGAUGGCUUGUCCAAAACAGGUUUUCUGUUUUUGAGCCUGUAGAACCAUGGAUGAGUGCUCAGCUAGAGGAUGGCAGACGUCAAGGAAAAGUCGAAUUUGAGAUUAUUGAUCCUAACUCCUCCCUCCUUAAGCGAACACAGUUUACCCAAAAAAAUAAAGAUUAUCAAAAUGGUUUUUUUUUCGCUUACGGAGGGAGUGGAGUAAAGGAAAUCCGAUUUAUAAGGUUAAUUUAUUUGAGCAGAAGAGCUAUAGAUGACACCCAAAGACCAAAAACUACAGCUGUCCUAGAAAAUUAGAAUACCGUCCCUAA